UGAAACAGAAUAUUGGAUUGGGACUUAUGAUGUUUUUAACGUCUAAAAUUUGGACAUGAGACGUCUAAAAGACAUCUUAAAGACGUCUCUCAGACGUCGGAAUAUAAGACGUUUUCAAGACGUCUUAUAUCUCGAUUUUGAACGCUACAUUGUGUGGGUCUAAUCGGUCGAUUCUUAAUGUAAUAUUUUGCGCGUACGUGCAAAACGUUAUUUUCUUUUUAAUAUGUCAAAAACUCUCACCUUCUGUCUUCGUGAGGUACGCAACAUCGAGCACAGUCGUCGAGAGGACGCAGAGAAAGAGACACGCUGCUCCCGACUUCAUUGCGUCGCAUCCAACUAUCGGACGGUACUGAGACUACAGCGAGGAUCGUCGUAAAGCGAGUCAUAACGGGUGUUGUGGCAUUAAUUAUGCAUUUAUUUCCAUCUCGCUGCGUCCCGAGCGAAGUCCCCGUUGAGCCAACCGUCCACGCGAUUGUCGCCCUUCUUGCUUCGCCAGCCAAGCGCGAGGAAACGGUAUUUGCGUCCCGCGGCACGAUCUGAUCGCGUUUCCUUGUUGGAAGCCAGUAAAAACGUCGAUCCAGAUGACGACGAAGGUGUUGGAAGUGACGCCACGAGUUCAGCGUCGGCUGUCGCGGUGAACGCGGAAAAUCCGGUCGAAAAGUGAUCACAAACGGAAGUUACCCGUGGUGCUUGCAAAUCGAACUUUGUGAAAAAGAACCCUCGACUAUGCAUCGCAUUUUGCUGACGUUCUGUGCAUUUUGCACUCUGCAGACGACGUGCGGAGAACAGUCGUCUUUGUAUCUGGACGAGAUUCGCAGCUUAAGCGAAUUACCAAUGGACAAGCUGAUUCAGAUUAAGUCUUCUCUCGCGUGCGGAAACGAUAUCAUAGACGAAGAGAUAAGCGAGGACGUCGACAUGUCCAGUAGAACAUUUUCGUUGGCAUUACCGAUGGCUCUGCCACUGAAGGCAAUCACGAAGAAGCCUACGCGUCGAUACGAAGAUCACUACGACGACAAAGGCAAAGACACGAAGAUCUCGAAGAUCUUCCAGCUGGCGAUAACGGCACUGUCGUUUCUCGCAUUCGGCGGUUAUCUUCUAACGCUUAUAAUAAUGGCGAUUCGUCGCAACACGAACGGCGGUGGCGGAAAUGUCGUCGUAUUUUCGAACCUGCAAAGUCUGCAAAAGCUGCACCGGCCCAAACGGAACAUCUUGAUGUUCGAUCCGAUGGAGAACAACUUCGAAACUGACAGACUCUACGAGGGGAUGAUCAUGCUCUCGAGAAGUUACGCCUUGUAUAAGUGAACGCAAAUCGUUGCGACGUAGAGAUGCUGCGUCUCAUACAGAUACAUUAUUUACUCGCGAUUGUAUCGGCAAAUGCUACUUACGCUUCGUAACUAUUAUCAGUUGAAGAGAAGUACGACUUAUGCUACAAUGUUUAGACGAAAUUUUCACAAUUUUAUGCAAGUUUAGGUGUGAUGCUGGGACUCAAUGUUACUCAAAAGAGAUUGGAGUAGUGGAAGAUACUACUUUACGUUAUAUUUAAACACAAUAAUAUAUGUAGCUU